GCGCUUGAACCCGAAGGCGGGCUGAAAAUCGAUGAGAGUGGUGCUGGUGGUGUCUGUGACUCCAUGGAUGUUGACGAAAAAUCUAAGGUGGAAGCGAUGGAGGUGGAUACAAUUAAUGAGAGUACCGUGAAAUCAGAGACAGACGUGGAAAGUAGGCGACACCAUCGGCGUUCUUCCUUCAUGUUUAACAUCGCAGAUGGCGGUUUCACCGAACUGCACACAAUAUGGUUGAAUGAGCAGCGAGCACUGGAGGAGAACACGGAGGGCUACGAGAUUUGGCAUCGCAAACACGACUACUGGCUCCUGGCCGGUGUGGUUCAGCAUGGUUAUGGACGUUGGCAGGACAUCCACAAUGACCCACGGUUCGCUUUGGUGAACGAACCCUUCCGUGGGGAUCAGACGAAGCCCAAUUACUUAGAGAUGAAAAAUCGCUUCCUUGCACGGCGGUUUAAAUUACUGGAGCAGGCGCUGAUUAUUGAGGAGCAGUUGCGGCGCGCAGCUCACCAAAAUAUCGUUUGCGAUCCCAAGGACACUGUCCAGAGUCUCAACCGGCGUUUCAAUGAACUGGAAUGUCUGGCGGUGGCGCAGCAACAGGUCUAUGCGGAGGCAUUGGCUGGCAACAAGUCUCUUGUCCAGUUGAUUCAUCGUGCUUUGACAAUGAUGGAGGACUACUUGGCAGAAAUGAAACAGGAUGUCUCCCGCCUUCUCACUCUCGUUCCGCGGAUGCCUCCAGUAUCGGAUAGGCUAAAUCUCAGUCAUACAGGCCUUCUCACCAAACUGACACAACACCUUACCGCCGCCAAGCAGGCCAAAUUGGCACUGCUGCAGCAGCAGCAACAGCAGCAACAACAGACGAUCAGUAAUCCAGCCACUCCAGUAGACUCUGCUGCUAGUGGGGUGGAAGAGAAGACUUGA